GUUUUAUAUCCGCUCAGUUGAAUGAAUAGGGGGGGAAGCGGCAACCGAUGGCCGCGCCGUCGGAAACGUGAGGGCAGCUGGCUAGGAACAUACAUCUGUGGGAGGGAACAUGACACUUGAACAUGACACAAGGAAGACAUUACCAUGACAUAACCCAAGGAUAAACCUAGAGCUGGCUCCUUGUUUGUUGUUGUUUUGUUUUUGUUGUGUUCAGUGUCAACACUUGUUUUUGUUUGGAUCAAACUUUUACCACUGCACCACUGUUCAGUAGACUGGAAGUCACCCUUUUUCCUACUCACAUCGAAGACCCACACCAACUGAGGUAUCUGAGACUUUGAAAAAGCCUGCACUUUGUGCAUAAAUCACAUUUUGACCUGCACUUACCAUGUAAAAUUCCACAGGAAUUUUGCUAGAGCGUUAAACUUGCUACAGUCUUGUCUAUGUAAGGUGUUUUGUUUGUCUUGUUCAUACUUCAUUAAUCCAUUUUUGAAAGCAAUUUUCACAGUUGUCUUUUUUUGUUUUUUUAUUUAAAAAAAAAUAAUGUUGUAGCUGUUCUUAGGCUAAACUAUUCUCUAAUAUCUCUUUAUUCCAGUAGGCGGUUUUGAAUUAUAAUGUAGACAAUAUCUUUGUACUCAUACAUGCAUAUAUUUUGUGUAAAACACUCUUGUCUAAUGAUCGGUCUCGAACUGGAAAAGUUUGUAUUUAAACCUUUUAUGUGGGAUUGGGUAUUUUCAAGUCCUGUCUGUCCAUUUCUGAGUUGACAGUGCUAAGAAAUUGUAGAGGUUGAGAGCACGUCAGAGUAAAUUCUUUGAAAAGACAGGAGGUUUGUCGAAAUGACAGAAGGCCUGGUCUCCUCUAAGUGUCGUCCAUACUGGAUUGAAAGAUUAAACAGAAGCAUCUUCAAACUGGAGGCUUUUUAUUUUUGCUUGCUCAGUUCAAGAUGUGCUUCUAAUAGACAAAUGGAUACACAAACCAGUAUACAAACAACUUGUUGUAACCUUGUCUCUUAAAAUACAAGCACUGAAGACAGAGUAAUUUUGAGGGGGAUUCACGGACAAAGUUUUAAGAUCAAGGCUUAAAGACUUUUUCAGUUUCCUUGCAAAGCUUGAAGAGCUGCUGAAUUCCAUUCUUCAAGCCCAUACAGUUGUAUGAAAUACGAGCCGUCCACAGAGGAAAUCUACACUACAUUGAAUGUCUUUUUUUUUUCUUGACCCGCCAAACCCCCCAAAGUCAUAAGGAUGCGAUCCCCAGAACCUCCCACACCAUCCCCAGCAGAAGCCCUUCUUCAUGGCCAGUUUGCAGGCUGGGGAUCCGGCAGUAACAGCAACAGUAACAGCUGCCCCAACAGCCCUGGUGGCCCAGGGGGGCUUUCCCCCGCUGCUACCCCGGCUCCGGCCUCCAACUAUGCCCUUACCCUCACCCACACCCACAUACAUGUCCAGCGCCUGUCACCGCGACCAGGAAAAGAAGCUCGUCUUCUGCUGCCAUUACCAGAACUCGUAGGAUGCAGCUGCCCCCGUGCCCCUGCACCCCCACUCCUGGUGUUGUAUUGGUACCCCCCAGGCAAGCGGAGGAAAGGGGUAUCUCGGCGCAGGCAGGUCAGGGCCUACUUGGCAGAAAGCAGACUUGAAGCCGAGAGGUGGUCCGCUGCCGUGCAAUGUCUGCUCAGAGGGGUGUCCGUCACUGCUGACACAGAAUUUUCGAGGAGUCUGCUACCUCGUCCACAACGGCUCCUGCUCUUGGUCAACCCCUUCAGUGGGAGAGGUCAGGCAAUGCAAUGGUGUCAGACCCACAUUCUGCCGAUGAUCAGGGAGGCAAAUAUCAGCUACAACUUGAUACAAACAGAACGACAGAACCAUGCCAGGGAGCUUAUCAGGGAGAUUUCGCUCCCAGAAUGGGACGGCAUCGUCAUCGUAUCUGGAGAUGGCCUGUUGCAUGAGGUGGUUAACGGCCUGAUGGAGCGCCCAGACUGGGAACAAGCAAUAAAGACACCUGUGGGAAUUCUGCCCUGUGGCUCAGGAAAUGCUCUGGCUGGUUCCAUCAACCACCAUGCGGGAUAUGACAUGUGCCUUCGGGAGCCCCUCCUCUUAAACUGCUGCUUUCUGCUCUGCCGCGGCGGGGUCCGACCCAUGGACCUGGUCUCAGUGACAACAAGCUCUGCCCCCUCUCACAACGGCCGUACGUCCGGUCCCCGAAGACUGUUCUCUUUCCUGUCUGUUGCCUGGGGCUUCGUGUCCGACGUGGACAUCGAGAGUGAGAGGUAUCGUGGUUUAGGCUCUGCUCGCUUCACCCUGGGCACCCUUGUGCGUAUUGCCUCGCUUCGUUCCUACAAGGGUCGCCUGUCCUACCUCCCACCCUCCAUUGUCCCUCCGUCUCCGGAUGCAACGUCACCCCCUCCGAGAAGGCCUCUCUCCCGCAGCAUCACGGAAGGCCUGGAGGGCUACUGCCGAACCCCUAUCCACCGCACCUGCUCCGACAUGGGCAUUAGUGAACAGCGCAGUCUACGCAGGGGCGAGGGAGAGAGGGAGAGAGAGCUGGAAAGGCAGCGAGAAAGGGAGAGGAGAAGGGAAAGGGCCAGGGGAGGAGGAACUGGAGUUGUGAGGGCAAGUAGCCUUGCGGAAGACAGAGAGAGGGAAAGGGAGGGUGAGGUGGAGAUGGAAGAGGACCAGUCAGGGACGAGUUCAGAAUCGAACGAAAGAAACAAAUGCAGUAUGAGAAGGGAUGAAAGGGUAGCCCCGACUGAGGAGGAAAGGGAAGAUGAGGGAAGAGUGGAGCAAGACUGGAGUGAGAUGGAAGAGGAGGUGCAGGGCGGAGAUGGGGAGGGCAGUGGGGGCUCUGUGGAAGGGGAGGGUGUGGUGCCAGCUCGAGAGCUGGGGGAGAGCUAUGGUGUAGAUAUGGGAAGGGAGGCAGAUGAGGAGCCAGAGGGCUGUUUCACGUACCCUGAUGGCCUUCAGGAAGCCAGACAAACUCGGAGAAAGAACUCGGCCCCUUCAAGCCAGAUCGCCAACACUCUCUUCAACCAGCCCCUCAGUCAGGAGGCUGACUCCAUGUCUGGGACUGCAUAUGGUGUUGACGAUGUGGAUCUGAAUGACACCUACUUUCAGAGAGAACCCUACCCAAUGGACAUUGCCCGUGAGCGAGCACUCACAAUCUCCUCUCCCUUUCGACACUCUCCCUUCUCUUACAAGCCCAAGUCCCUGGACCAGAACCAGAAUGCGUCCCGGCCGAGACCCCUCUCCCUCCUUCAACACUCCCACUCAAACUCCCUCCCUCCUAAGCUCCCCUCCCUCUCCCUCUCCCUCUCCCCCACACCCCCAUCUUCACCUUCUUGUGCUUCCCCCCGCUCCUCAUCCUACCUCACCCCUCGUCCCAACACCCCUAAUUCCAACUCGCCCUCACCCUCUUUCCGCACACCAUCCGCAUCCUUCAACUUUGACAUUGCUGAGCCAGCGGGACCCCUGAAGAACCGUCCCUUCGUCUCAUUGCCUUUUAAUCCCCCCAGGGAUGACCUGCUACCCCCCCUGGACCAGCCCCUUCCAACCAGGGACUGGGUUACCAUUGAGGGGGACUUUGUCCUGGUUCUGGCCCUCUACCAAACACACUUGGGGGCCGACCUCCAUGCUGCUCCCCAGGCCAGGUUCGAUGAUGGGCUGAUCCAUUUGACCUUUGUGCGGGCAGGGAUCUCCAGAGCCACACUGCUCAGGCUGUUCUUUGCCAUGGAGAGAGGAACCCACCAUUCCCUCAGCUCACCAUAUGUGAGCCAUGUUUCAUGCAGGGCCUUCAGACUACAGCCUCUGUCCACGAGGGGAACACUAACUGUGGAUGGAGAACUGGUGCCCUAUGGCCCACUUCAAGCACAGGUUCAUCCGUCCAUGGCCCGUCUCAUCGUCGGCGACUCUGGAGUGAAAAUUACCAGGUUCUGACCCAGGGAUUGGUUGGGCCAGUCAACCGAUACAACAACCUCUUGAACUAUGUAAUCUCUGUUGCUAUCUACACUGGGAGAGACAGGAAAAAAAAAACACUAAGAGACUUAGUAUAGCCGGGAUUGCAGCAACUGCUUCACUGGGGUUUAGUGAAAGGGAUCGCCCACCGAGCCAAGCAUCCGAGGGAGCGUGACCGGAGGGAUUAACGGCAAAUUUGAAAAUGGAUGAAAAAUGCACUUCAUUGCACAGCUUUUGGAUUAAGCGAUGUUUACCCUGAAAAGCCGGAAAAUGGCACAGUCUAAGAUAAGAGGGAAGAACAAGCGAAUGUUUAUGGGAUUAUUAUUGCAGAUUGUGCAUGUGUUGGAUGUAUACAUUCUAGUAUGCAUGCAUGCAGAGAAGCACUACCUGAUUUUUGCCUUAUGAGAUAGAAAAAAGAAAAAAAAAGAGUCAGAAUCAAAUCAGAGAAAACUGUUUUUGAAUGAGGAAGCCUCUAGAACAGGUUCAGGAUCAGUGGGGUGAGACCCCAAAAUAAAUUGUCCCCUUUCCCAUGCCCCGAUCUAUCCUUUCUUAAACCUUCCGUCCCUGGAAUAGAUGCCUUAUCCGCCAUCGGAUGGCACGUUUUGUUGUGACUUUGCCCUUUCUUACUUACAUAAUGAAUCUAAAUCUUCGUACUCAGCAGAUCUCCAGCUGCAUAUCAGUGCGUCCGUCCCCUGGAGAAAAGCUGUACGUGUGCAGGGAAGUAAAGGUAGAACCACCGUGUCGUUCUUUUUCAAGACGCUGUUCUAUUCUCGACGCUGUUAUGAGUCACAAAAAAUGGACGCAAGUAAGCCCCAAAGACCACUUCCUCACAAGAGUGCCAGCCAAUGUAGAAUAACAAAUAUUGAGAUUUUCAGGUCUUAUUACAGUAGAAAGAUCACUAAAAACUGAUGAAUGAUGACCAUUACUGAUGCUUAAAUUGCAUAAUCUGCCUGUUUUUUUUUU